UCACUCCUGGGCUGGUCGGUGGUUGAGCGGUGGCUACUGAAAGGGCAUAGAGAGGCGUUGGUUAUGGCAGAAACAACCGGUGACUGUGCAUUGACCUGCCUGGUAGGGAAGAGGAGAGCCACGGUGCGGAGGAAACAGUCCAAGUAGAAAAAACAACAACACAGGAGCUGGCUAAAGGCAUUGAUAAACAGAUAAUCCAGGGCAGUAACGUAAGGCAGAGCACAAAAAAAGACGAGGAGAAUAUCUAGUGAGUACAAAGAGUGUAAACAUUCUAAGAAUGUUUUUGUUAUAACAUUCUGAGAAUAUUUUAUUUGGAAUUUUCCAAGAACGUUACCUUGAAACGUUCUUCCACCCACAAUACGAUCGGUCUAGGAAUCUUUUAAAGACUUGCCACUGAGAACAUCAUUGGAACGUUCUAGAAUAACGUUCUCCUAAAAAAAACAAAAAAUUCCUAGCUGGGAGGUAGAUAGGGUGAUUCGUUUUAAGAAAGGAUGGAAUUAGCUUGAAUGAGUUUGUUGUUUUGUUUUGUUUUGUUUUUUUUGUCUUUUUUCCCAGAGUUACAUUAACUUUUUGGUAGCUACACAAACAUAUUUUACGUCUCACUGACGCAAUGACAAACGCAGCGCACUGAAAAGUAACGUUGCGUUUAACGCACCGGGCUACUAUACGCAACAAAUUAGCUGAAGUGAUGAUAUAUUUUUUAAAAAUGACGGCUGGUAAAGCAUUAAAACCUGGAGCUGGGAUCAGUGGAGUUUGUUCUCCAUCUGAACGCGCACAGUUUUUGACCCCACCCUUCUCGGUGCCGCAACAAACGCGUGCGUUCCAAUUUGAGCAACAUCUGCGUUCCGCGAGUGUGCGACACUCUCACGCGGAUAUAUAUUUUCUUAUUUUCUGUGAUUCAGGUUUGUCGAUAUUGUCUUUACGAGGGAAUCAACGUGAGAAGAAAUGUCGAUAGCGCUGUGUUGAAAAGGCUAAAACUGGCGGACAGUGAAAUGGAAACGCAGGUGGAAGAUGCUUUCUUCGCGAGGGUAGGAGGAAACUGACUCUUGAGCCUGGUGUACUCACCUGUGGGGAUGAAACUUAGUCUAUGCACAGAGAGAUCUUUAAGGAUAAACGUGGAGCAAAUGGAUGGACGCACAGACAAACAGGAGCAGGGGGAUGCUGCUGUCAUCAUCGUUGAGAACGAGGCUGAGAGUAUGCCAGUGCAAGAGGUAAAGUCCGGUGUAGCCGACCUAAAUUACCUGGACACUUGUCCCAUUUGCCGUCUAAACUUUCACAGUCGAGAGCCCAGACUUCUGCCGUGUCUGCACUCUUUUUGCAAGAAAUGUUUACCUUCACCCUCGAGAAAUUUGGCCCAGGCGGAGGUGCAGAACUCCCGGGUUGACAGUGUGCCCAAACCACUUAAUGUGAUUCGGUGUCCAGUGUGCAGGCAGGAGUGUAUGGAGGCAGAUGUGAUGGAAAAUGUCUUUGUGAAGGACUCUGCCGAGUCUCCCAGCAGCACAGUAGAGAGAACACUCCAGCUCUGUAUGACCUGUGAUGACAACACUGAAGCUACAGGGUUUUGUAUGGACUGUGCCGAGUAUCUCUGCGCCACCUGUGUGGAGGCCCACCAAAGAGUCAAAUUCACCAAAGACCACACCAUCAGAGAGAAGACAGAGGUGUCACAAGAGUUCCACGGUGUGCCAAGUCAGAGGCCAGUGUUCUGCGACAUCCACAAACAAGAGCUGCUGAAACUGUUCUGUGAGACUUGUGACCUGCUAACCUGUCGAGACUGCCAGCUAGUCAAGCACAAGGACCACAAUUACCAAUUUCUUGAAGAUGCUUAUAAAAACCACAAACAGCAUAUGGAAAGUAUGACCCAUCAGCUGAAGGAGAAAAAGAAACUGAUUGAAGAGGUGUCAAACUCCAUAAAGAAUGGACUUGUUCUGGCUGAUCAAAACCGUACAUCUGUUCAUAAUGACAUAAAGAAGUCCAUCUGCAGUUUGAUUCUUGAGAUAAACAGGAAAGAAAAAAUGCUAAUUAAUCAACUUGAGGCUGUAACAAAGGAUCAUGAGAAUGUGUUACGAAAACAACAGGAGGACAUCGGGUAUCUAUCCAGACACCUGGAUCAUGUCAUCAACUUCACAAAAUGGGCCACAGCCAGAAAUGGGGGCACGGCCCUCUUGUACUGUAAACGUCUGAUUCUGUUUCAGAUUGGAAACCUCCUGCGAACAAAAUGCAGCACCACAUUUAUACCACAGAGCACCAUACGCUUCCACUGUCGAUCGUCAUACUGGGCCUCAAAUGUUGAUCUGGGCUCUUUAGUGGUGGAGAGUGUACCAGGCCACCAGCUGGCUGGUUUUCAGGGUAUCCCUCAUCAGCUCUCCCACCCUGGGCAGGGUCCCUCAGGCUCUCCACACGGCUUUGUCUUGGGAGCUCCACUCAAUACUUUGGCUCAGCUCCAGAUGCAGGUAGACAAGCUAACCCCACAGGCCCACUGGCAGCCGCAGCCACCUCCUCCGCCGUGGGCAAGACACCAGAGUGUCAGACUACAGCAAACUGUCCCAGGGGCCAUGCAGGGAGGCUCUCCCUCGCAGAGUUUGCUUCCUCAAUCAGGCCAUAGGUUUAUGGGGCCUCCUUCCAAUCACAUCAGCCCAACGAGCAGUUUACCAAGCCCUGUGUUUACUCCCCAGCCUCUUAGAAGGAUGGGAAGCAGGUCCAGCUACCAACCCAAACCUAUGGGUGUCUUUUCCUCUCCUCCUUUGUACACCCAUAUUACACCAUUGUCCAUUGGUGGUGCUGUGGGUUCACCUCAGUCACGACAGAUGAUUGAACCCACAUACAUGAACAGGAGGAACGAUUCAGCUAGUGCAAUAUAUACGCUGAAACCAAACCAUCCUCAGAGUCGGUCACCUUCUUUGCCACACAGAAAUGGAGAGCAGAUUUCACCAGGGUACACUGCUGUGUCCCGGGAGGAGAAACUAGGGACUGUUUCUUGGAAACCUUCAGAAACACACCAGGCUAGAGGAGCAGUGUGCUCAGCUGUCAAGAAAAGACGACGGUCGUCACCAGGGCCCAUUAUUGUCAUUAAAGAUGAGUCAGAAGAUGACAGCAGCUAUGUACAAGCCAACCCAAGAGCCAGCCUCCCUGACAGUACAGGUGACCGACCCCAAAUCAGUGCCCAACAUGAGGAUAACAAGGUUCCAGCUUCUCUUCAAAGCACAGACGACAAACCUCAUAGUCAUUCAGUGCUUCCAAGCAGCCCAUGGGACCAGAGCAAGACCAGUGGAAGACCUUCACAUCUCGUCUGCUCUCCUGGAGAAGAAGAACAAGCUCGGGUGGAAAACUCUAAUGAAGUCUUGUGUGCUGUGUGUCAGAGUGGAGGAGAGCUGUUAUGCUGCAAUAAGUGUCCCAGAGUUUUUCACCUCACAUGCCACAUUCCAACUCUCCUCAAAUCUCCCAGUGGGGAAUGGUUUUGCUCUUUCUGCCGUGACCUAUUAGUUCCUGAGAUGGAGUACGACUGUGAUAGCAAACCUGAGGCCAAAACAGUAAAGAAGGAACCAGACUCUGAGGAGGGAUUUCCCCUUGUGGACAAACGAAAGUGUGAGAGGCUGUUGCUGCACUUAUUUUGCAGCAAGCUGAGUUCAGAUUUUCAGGAGCCUGUAUCCCCUUCGGUAUGUGAUAAUAACAGACCAAUGAAUCUUUUCACUGUGAAAAACCGUCUUGAGGCUGAGCAGCGUGCCACCUACCAAAGUACUGCAGAGUUUGUAUCAGACAUCAGGCUCAUCUUUGGGAACUGUGCACUCCUCAGUAAGCAGGCUGACGCAAAGGUCACGAUGGCACACAGGAAGUUAAAGGAACUGUUUGAAGAUCACCUGGGGAUCAUGUUCCCUGAUGAGACUUUUCCAGAAAUCAAACUGGAGAUGAUACCAACCGCCCCUCCUGACUUUCAAGUCUCAUCUCUUGAUAGUAUAUCCCAGCCUGCAAAGCGCCAGCGCACAUGUACAGGCUCCCAGGAGACACCAAGCUGUCCCAAUAGAGUGGAGGGAGUAGUAUGAAAGAGCAAAUCUUCUUAAUUGUUUAGAUAUUUGACAGCACCGCCAGCACCAGCUAAUAUGUAGGUUAUAACUAACACACAAUUAUGACACAAAUUCAGGUCACAAAAAAGUUUUAUGAUGAAUUAUACUCAAAACAUCACAAAUAAUAACCACCAAUUUUCUAUUUUCUGGACUAUACUGUGAUACUUGUUGGAUUAACAAUUAAUUAUCAAUCAAUUAAUCUUACAGGGUACAGCUGACCUAGCUUAGUAUUGUUGCUAGUAUCUUUUUUGGUACAUGAAAGUUGUUUCUUACCUUAUCAUAAAUCGUGUCACAUCAGAGACAGGCACUGGUUCACCAACACUUAACAGAUAAUGUGGUCAGGUCUGGUGUGUUUUUCCUGUUAAGUGCUCCAUGUGUCAAUAGAUAAUCAUGAGCUUUGAUGUUUUGGGCCUAUUUUAUGUGGAGAAAGAUGUGUUAUGUGGUACCUCAAGGCCAAUAAAAUGAAAACCAACAAAAAAAAAACAACAACCAGACUGUUUAAGGUGGUACAUUGUUACAUAUUAUAUUUUAUUUCUUGUUCUGUCACUGAUUUGUCACUUUUUAAAGAUAGUGUAGAACUAUAGGUUUAAUGUUGUAAGGUAAAUAUUGUGUCAUUUUAUUUAAUGUGUUCAUAUUUUAAGUGAUUUUCAGAUUUU